CUCAACCCCUGUUGAACGCGUUAAUAAAAACGCAGGAGCAACUCCACUUUUUCGGGUCCCUUUACUAACAACCCCCCUGGAUCGACAGCGUUGUUCUACCUUCCCCUUGAGGGGUUAAAGGAGGGCGGGGGGGAUCCUAAAGAGAUAGAAGAUAGGGAGAGCGCGCAAAAGGAGAACGCUAAAGAGACGUCGGACCUGGCUGGUCGCCUCUUUCAGGUUUCAGGAUCAUCGAGGAGGGUGUGGGGGGGUGAUGCUGCUGGGUGGAGAUGGUGCACGUUUUCUGCCCGUUGGUGGAGGAGAAGAUGAGAGCUGCUGUUCCAGCAAAACCGCACCGCAACCGUCCUGUUUUUCGACCAAAAAUUGAUGAUGGUGCUGAAGCUGCUGCCUCCAUCAUCCGGAUCCUGUUUAUCUGGGAUUCUUGUUCCCCCAACACUGGAUUAUAGAUGAUUAUCGUGGACAUUUUCUUUUAAUUUUUUUUCUUUGAUCUCAUCCACUCCUUUUUUUUCAUUAUUUUUUCUUUUACGCACGAGAGCGAGGAAGACAUAAACUGGUACACUGGGAAAGCGAGCGUUUUCACCUCCAAGUACGCGCAAACACGCCCAAAAACCAGCGACCGACGCCUUGUAGAAGAGGAGGGGGGUUAAAAGAGGAGGAGAGGAGAGGAGGGGGGGGGAUGCCGCACCGUCCAUUACCAAAUAUCAACAAAUGUCACCAGGCACGGAUUUUGGGGAAGCCCCCCUCGGUUGACGUUUUGCGUGUAAACAGAAAGCUGAGGCGACAGUUAAAGGAAGCAGCGGCGGGCGCAUCAAACCCUGCGGAUAUAUAGAACAAGAAGAAAUGAAUUAUUAAACAUUUUACUCUUAUCUAUUUCUAUUUUUAUCCGGCUUUGGAAAAAAAAAGAAAAGAGGAGAGGAGGUGGUGGUGGGGGAAGACAACUGCAGAUCCUGACAAGAUGCAGGAAAAAGACGCAGUCUCCAGCUGGCCUGCUCUGUGGAGAUGGAUGCAAUAUUUAUCUCAAUGCACAGCUAUGCAUUCCGAUCGCAUUUGAGCUGAUCGAUUGAUUUGCCAGUUUUAAUAGAAGCAGCUGACUGUCUUUUAGCUGUCUUUUUUUUUAUCAUAAUGGUUAAAUAAGAACAGCACAAGAGAGUGAAGCCUGUGUGUUGCCUUCACUAAAUAUUCGAUUUUUCUCAAUUUUCCAACAGAAAACUGUCUGUUCACAAAUAAUAUAAACACGUUGCUGCGAUUUGACUUCUUAAUCCUUAAAUACAAGAUUCUCGAUUCUCUUAUCUUCUUUUCUCCCAUCCCUCCCCUCUGACAUCCCCCCUCCCACCUCACAAAUGGAGGUAUCUUCUUGGUGCUGAAGACUUGGGAAGGAAAAAAAAAGGAUCUAGAUAGAGGUGGAAGGACACGCUCAGAGAGAGAGACAGAGAAGUAGAGACAGAUCCAAACCCAAACUCUUUUCUGCAUGUGUCUUCGGAACCGAGGCUGAUGGGGUGGUGGCAUGUGGAGGUGUCACUCUGAGGUUUCCCCCUGGCUCCUUCCUAACCUCUGGCGUUUGGUGUCUGCAGAAUGGCGCGCUUUGGAGACGAGCUACCCAACAGGUACGGAGGAGGAGGAGGUGGUGGUGGCGGUGGUGGCGGGGGUGCCGGCGGACAAGGGGGGCCCGGCCGCGGCGGCAGCAGGCAAGGUGGGCCCCCCGGAGCGCAGCGGAUGUACAAGCAGUCGAUGGCCCAGAGAGCCCGGACCAUGGCCCUGUACAACCCCAUACCCGUCCGGCAGAGCUGCCUAACGGUCAACCGCUCCCUCUUCCUCUUCAGUGAAGACAACGUGGUGAGGAAGUACGCCAAAAAGAUCACCGAAUGGCCUCCAUUUGAAUGGAUGAUCCUCACCACCAUCAUAGCAAACUGCAUUGUCCUAGCCCUGGAACAGCACCUUCCUGAUGGAGACAAGACGCCAUUGUCUGAAAGACUGGAAGAGACAGAGCCCUAUUUUAUAGCCAUCUUCUGUUUUGAGUCUGGAAUCAAGAUCCUUGCUUUGGGGUUUGCGUUACAUAAGGGCUCCUAUCUAAGGAAUGGAUGGAAUGUCAUGGACUUUGUGGUCGUCCUCACCGGGAUUCUGUCAUCUGUUGGGUCACAACUUGAUCUGAGGACACUUCGAGCUGUCAGGGUGCUUCGGCCACUUAAACUGGUGUCUGGAAUUCCCAGUCUGCAAGUGGUCUUAAAGUCCAUAAUGAAGGCCAUGAUCCCCCUGCUUCAGAUUGGCCUGCUGUUGUUCGUGGCUAUCCUUAUGUUCGCCAUCAUUGGCUUGGAGUUCUACAUGGGGAAAUUCCAUACAACAUGCUAUGAUCAAGUUACACGAGAGAUAGUGGAGGAACGUCCGUGUGGUAACCAUACUCCUUCCAGGCUGUGCCCCAAUGGUUCAAAAUGUGAUUCUGGCUGGAUUGGACCAAACUAUGGCAUCACCCAGUUUGACAACAUCCUGUUCGCUGUUCUCACAGUCUUCCAGUGCAUCACAAUGGAAGGAUGGACAGACAUGCUCUACUACAGCAAUGACGUAGAGGGCAGCAUGUGGAACUGGAUGUAUUACAUCCCCCUUAUCAUCAUUGGCUCCUUCUUUAUGCUCAACCUGGUGCUGGGUGUACUUUCAGGUGAAUUUGCCAAAGAGAGGGAACGGGUCGAAAACAGGAGUGAGUUCCUGAAGCUGAGGCGACAGCAGCAGAUCGAGAGAGAGCUUAAUGGAUAUUUGGAGUGGAUCUGCAAAGCAGAGGAGGUAAUUCUGGCUGAAGAAGAUGCCACCGGAAACUUUGAUGGUUCGAGACGAAGGCCAACUAUCAAAACCAGAAAUAACAAAACAGAGCUGCUAAAUCAAGAGGAAGGAGAAGACAACAUAGGAGAUGCAGUAGGCUUUGCUCGCUCUAGCAUUAAGAGCGGUAAGGACGGCUCUAACUACAGCAAAAAAGAGCGCCGAUUGCGAUUCUUCAUCAGGAAGAUAGUGAAGACACAGGCUUUCUAUUGGACAGUGCUCUGCCUUGUGGGCCUCAACACCAUCUGUGUGGCCGUGGUGCAUUACGACCAGCCGGAGCUUCUUUCCGACUUUCUCUUCUAUGCAGA